GUCCUCUCAAUCCGCCUCCCCGAGGAACCUCCCCGAAUCCGGCCGCCAGGGAAGAGGUCGGAAAGGUCCGGGAUCCCUCCCGCGGCAGGAUGGUGCCGCCCCCCUCCCACCAACAAGCCGCACGUGUGCUUGUCCACCGUCGUCAUCGUGAGCAGCAUGGCGCUGAUGGACGCCUACCUCGUCGAGCAGAAUCACGGCCCGCGGAAGAUCGGCAUCUGCAUCAUGGUGACCGUCGGCGACCUCUGCUUCCUCAUCGUGCUGCGAUACGUGGCGGUGUGGGUGGGUGCCGAGGUGAGGACGGCCAAGCGAGGCUACGCCAUGAUACUUUGGUUCCUUUACAUCUUCGUCUUGGAGAUUAAGGUGUAUUUUGUUUACCAGAACUACAAGGCUGACCGCAAAAGCCUGGACGCCUUGGCUCGGAAAGCUCUGACGCUCCUGCUGUCCGUCAGCAUUCCCGUGCUGUUCGUGAUUCUGGUCGCAAUCGACCACAUGGAGUACGUGAAGGCUUUCAAGAAGAAGGAGGAGAUCAGAAACCGUUUGUUCUGGGUGGUGGUGGAUCUGCUGGAUGUUCUGGACAUCCAGGCCAACCUGUGGGAGCCGCAAAAGAAAGGGCUUCCCCUCUGGGCCGAGGGACUGAUGUUUUUCUACUGUUACAUUCUUCUUUUAGUGCUGCCCUGUGUGUCUCUGAGUGAGAUCAGUAUGCAGGGCAUCAAUAUCAGUCCUCACAAGAUGCUGCUCUACCCCAUUCUGAGUCUGGUGACGAUUAACGUCGUCACUCUCUUCAUCCGUGGAGGGAAUAUGCUCCUCUAUAGGGACAACAGAGUGUCUGGGAUACUCAUGGCCAAGAACAUCCUAGCCAUCGUUCUGAAGACGUGUAGCUUUGUGCAGUACAGGAGACAGCUGCAGAGCGCCCCGCCUGGGUUUGGAGUGGAAUUACAGAAGAACUCUGUGCCGUCCUGUCGACCCGUACGGACGCCUCCACAGGUAGCGCUGCAGGAGCAAACGCCACUGCCGGAGGUCACCGCGUGUGAACAUACGUGACCCAAAAUCUGGAGACUACCUGCACGAGGAAACGCAUCUGCAAGGACGCACAUCUCCGACGAAACGGUGUGGACGUAAGCUACAUAUUGUUAGCUUCAUUAUUUUCACCUGAGAGAAAUACAAGUGGCACAGUCAUUCGUUGCGUAACUCCCUUCUUUACAAAUAUACUUUGCACACUAUGUCAGCUUUCUAAAUGUGUCAUUACUGGACAAACUCCAAUUUUUAAAAUGGCCUCGGUCAUCUGGGGUUCAGGUUUGGCUGCUUACUUUGGACCAGUUUGUCCUUGCUGGUAGACAUCAAAUACACCGUCUGAUUGCAAGGAGAGAUUCAGAAACACUCGUGUAAACAUCUGCGUACAAGAAUCACAAAUGUGUCAUUAUAGUAUGGUUGAUGUUUCACCAGUGACUGAUUAUUUUUGGAGGCUCUUGACUUGGUAUUUGUCCCAUCUGCUGACGUCACCGCUCAGGAUAGUGGCCAGCAAAGGGUUUGGGAAUGAUGGGCAAGAGAAAUUGAUUCAGCAUACCACAGUUAUAUUUGAAGAUGAUUGUCUCUCUGGUGCACUGCUUUAAAAACCAUACAGUUUGCAGUGAGCUAGUUACGUUUUCUCAUGAGAUCAGGUUGGUAGGUCUAGCAGUAUGAUUAGUAUGAUUCAAACACAGUUCGAUCAGAAAUGGUGUUGUAGGCGUAACAGACACUGUUAGAUUGGGAAGAAAAAGUCUCCCUCAUAAAUGCAAAGUUUCAUCAUUUAUCAAAAUAUUACGUGAUUUAUAAAGAUCUAUUUUUAAAAGUUUGUGAUUGGUCAUAACAUUUGAAUCAAAAAGAAAAAAAAAACUAUUGUGUAUUUAUUUUCCAGUCAUGCAGUAUCAAAAGCUUUGGUCACUAUUCAUCUACGCCAAUAGGUAUAUUUACAACACCAAAAAAAAAUCACCUCACUAAAGCGACAAACAGCAUUUAAGUAGUUUUUUUUAUGUGAUGCUUUGAUAAACAGUUGUGUAUAUACGAGUCGUUAUGUGUGUUGUGUGUUUGUUACAGCAUGUUUUACUCAGGUCAGACACACAAAUGUACUGAUUAGACUAAAGAUUGAGUAUGUUUCAUGUCCUAAUUACAAUUCUGAUGAGGGUUUUUAAUUAAACAGCAUUACAAAGGGAAAAUGACCAGUGAUUCUCCUCUCUUCAUUUUAUUCUCCAAUUAGCUGUUAUCUAAUUGCAAAUGUAGUUCCUCUUUGCCAACACCAUUUAUCUAAAAAUGCUCUGUUAACACCUUGUUAGAUCUAGUUAGUUUUUAGGUGAAUGAAGUGUUCAAUGAAAGAAGACAAAACUCUGCUAGUAUGCUACUGAUCAUGCUUACAUUUAUUAUGUUUUAUGUGGGUUAUGAAUUAACAGAACGAUUGUACAGCUGUGUGAAUAACUUCCAUCAGUUAAAGAAAACACACUGCCCUAACAAACCUGUUACUGCUCAUGCAUUUGCUCACCUGACACGUAAUGGAAGAAGCUGACUGAGAUUUACUUUAACAGAAUCCUGGAAAAUUGAAGCGUCUCAGAACACUGAAAAACAUGCAAAGCCCUAGAAGAAAGAAAGAAACAUUACCGCAGAGUCACUUUAAAGUCUACAUGAAACGCCAUUCAUGCCUCUUUUUACCUUCACGGUGUGACGUAUUUUGUGAUUUUAUCCAUGAGGAACUGAACUGAGGAACUCGUUUCACAUAAUUUAGCAAAUAGGAUUUACAAUUUAGUACAUUUGGAAUUGAUGUGGACUUUAAGCAUUUGGCUUGACUGAUAAAGGUUUGGCAUUGACUUCUUUUUUGUCUUAAGCUAGUCUUUGUAUUCUGGUGUAUUUGCGUAUCUCUUCGUCAUUCCCAUAAAAGCAGGAUG